GAGAAGUCGCAACAUGGUCCACAUUGUUGCCUUACGGUGACUCAGGCGGCUGGCAUCUGCCGCACCGGUGGUUUAGUGGCGUGCAGAACGGGUGCGUGGCGCCCCCUGGCUACCCUCGCGCUCCCUGGUGCCGGCGUGGCCCACUCAGGACGUAGCACUCAUCUAGCUGAGGGCUGGUGGGCGGUGGUGUGCGCGCGUGAGGUGCCUCGGCUGUGGUGGCAGCACUCAGGGACACAGUGUGGACAGCAGCGGCUCUGAACCCGCGUCUCUCUUGCAGCUCCUCAUCUGUCCUCAGCCACCGCCAUGGAUAGUUACGCUCCUACUAGAGUGAACCGUUACUGGAAGCGUCCCAAGCCUCGGGUAUACGAAUGUAACGUGAGGGAUGCCGAACGUUUUUACCAGGACUCCUACAAGCAAUACCUCUCGGAGAAGGAGGAGAAUGCGGCGGGCUGGCCGGGCCCGGUCCAUGGAUGUUGCUCGGGGUGCCACCGAGUUCUACCCUCACCUGCUGGCCGGCUCCUUCAAGCGGGAGGCACGGGAAGAUGUGGUGCGACAACUCAACCUCCCGCCCCUUCCCCCUGCCCUCGAGGAGGCCACUAAGAACAAGUGGGAGCCAGACUACCGAGUGCCCGAGACAAGCUUCACGGCGAAGCAGGAGGGCCUGGCUGACUUCGACCCGCGGGACACAGCCAGCAUCGAGGAGCGCUACCAGAAACUCAGGAAGCUACGGGAGGAGCUCAACCUUCCUGUGGAGGGCGCCGAGUCCUCUGCCUUGAACUCCCUGCGUAGUGGAUCGCUAGGUCUCGGAGCGGGAGGCACGGCGGCAGGAUAUGGCGCUGAGAAGGACUCCUACAUGUCUGAACGAACCACGCGAACAAUGGCUGCCUCUGGUGGUCCUGAGGAAGCUUCUUCCUACAGCUUCAGGUCCGCCAAGAUGAACGGCAACGCGGGAGGCGCUACGGAAGGCUACAAGUACAAGGCAGAGAGCAGUAGCACGAGCGAGUACAAGCGUGGCGGUGACCAGGGCACGACCGAGUACAGGUUUAGGUCUGAGCGAGGAGCGACAGGUGACCAAAACUCCUUGGAGUACAAGCCUAGGUCUGAGCGAACCGCCGCAGGUGACCAGGGCAGCACUUACGAGUAUAAGUCCAGGCUGAACAGGGGAGGCGACGGUGACCAGAGCAGCACUUACGAUUACAAGUCCAGGCUGAACAGGGGAGGCGACGGUGACCAGAAGACUUAUGAAUACAAAACGAGGACUGAGAGGGGCGGAGGUGACCAGAACUCUUAUGAAUACAAAUACAAGACUGAGAGUAGCGCAGCCCAGAAUAAUUCUUAUGAAUAUAAGCCCCGGUCUGAGCGGGGCGCGGACUCUGGCAGCGACUACAAGUCUCGAUUCGAGCUGAAAUCAGACGACUACAAGUCCAAGGCGGUGGACUUCGACCUACCCAAGACUGACCGCAAGAAGGACGAUUACUCCUUCUCUUCCUCGAAUGACAGAAAGACGGAGAGGUUCUCGAGUCUGUCCUCCAGCACCGCCUCCGCCUCGAAGGAGAAGUCCCUGGCCUCCUCCAGCAAGGUGGACGAGAAGGAACUGGACGACGACAACGUGUCCGACAUGAUGAAGAAACUUCCUUCCUCGCAGGAAAUCCUCGAGAGAAUCAGUAAAAUGGAGCUUGAUGAUUGACUGCAAAACAUAAUUGACACCAAACUUUGAUGAGGUGCGGCAGCAAGAGUACACCGGCUAAGAUGGGUCACGCAGCACGCUCGCGCACGUACGGACUUCCCAACAAAGGAACCUUGAGGCAAAACUUUCGAAUCAUAUCAGAACCCUCACAUACCUGAACUAUUUUCAUCGCUCUUUCCUUAGUAGCAACUUGACGUCGCCUCCACGCGCCAGACACC